AGGUCAGCUUUUACACCCCAAGUUCGUUGUAAAUUACCAGAUAUCAAGUUAGUUUUAUAAAUAUUUUGUCUGGCCGUGGCAUAAGCAGAAAUCAAAUGGAUGGUCAAGGCAUUACGGCAGACCCUGAGCUUCAGCAGUUCAUUGAGACGGAGUCUCAGAAGCAGAGGUUUCAGCAGCUGGUUCACCAAAUGACUGAAGUGUGUUGGGAGAAAUGUAUGGAUAAACCAGGCCCAAAACUGGAUUCAAGGACAGAGAUGUGCUUCGUAAACUGUGUAGAACGUUUCAUUGACACCAGCCAGUUCAUCCUGAACAGACUCGAGCAGACACAGAGGAGUAGAGGGUCCUUCUCAGAAACCAUGUCUGACUAAAAGAUUCUGAACUGAGGUGACAGGACAAAGCAACAGCCAGGCACCCAUCAAUACUGGUAUCCACAACCCAGUCAGCAUUAGACUGUGAAGGGAUGACCAAGUAACAAGGUGAAAGAAACAUGAAGUUUUGAAGAGAUAAAGUGCCUCAUCAUAUCACGUGACAAAGGUCAUUAUCUCUGACCCAUCAGGGCGAGGAUGUGAAGUAGGACAGCAUUCUUCCUGUCAGUUACACACUUGAAAGACUUUGUGUUGCUUUUUGCCAGAUCUUGGUACCAAAAUUUUAAGCAAGGACCUCAGCAUGUAGUAUUAGUUGUACUGAGAGAUUGCCUGGUUUAUGUCUAUGUGUGGGUCUUGGUCUAAUGAACAAUGAAAGGAACAGCCAACAAAUUGUCCUGUGGAUUCAUUGAACUUUCCCUUCAAACUACUGGGAUUCAGUGUGUACCAGGUCAACAGAAACUUCAGUGUCAUACAGGGAAGGCCGCCAGACAGUAGGGCUGAAACUCAGUAUUUGUCCAAAUGUACAUAUGCAAUAAAAGAAAGUCAAAUGUA